UGUACACGAAACGACAACGCAAGAAGUGCAGAGUUAUCAUCAAUCUCGUAAAACGAAAUUGUUGUGCUGAUUCAGACCAGGUUUCGAUGACAUUAUACUCCUUGCAAAUUGAUCCACCCUUCUUCACACUCCAGGAAUUCAAGCAGCGAAAGUAAUCGCCACAAAGGGUGAAACAAAAUUUUUGGUUCAGGUGCUCUGACCAACAUGUUUGCUCGCAGUGACUCCCAGGAAUCGUUGCCUUUACCAAUAUUUUGCAGGAUGGAUUGCACGAGUGCAGCUGCCAAAAGGUACAAGUACCUGAGGAGGAUACUUCGCUUCGAACAAAUGGAUUUUGAGUUCGCCUUUUGGCAAAUGAUUUACCUCUUUGUUUCGCCGCAAAAGGUGUACAGAAAUUUCCACUAUAGAAAACAAACCAAAGCUCAGUUUGCCAGGGACGACCCUGCCUUCCUAGUUCUCCUCGCCCUUUGGCUUUUAAUUUCCUCCAUUGGUUUUGCUGUGGUGUUAAGAUUAGGCGUCCUUGGAUUCCUCAAAUUCUUCCUGUAUGUCGUGCUGGUCGACUGCAUCGGAGUGGGCCUCGUGGUCGCCACCGCCCUCUGGUACGUAACAAACCGGUGGUUGCUGAAGCCUGCGUGCAGAGACCAAGACGUUGAGUGGGGCUACGCCUUUGACGUCCACCUGAACGCCUUCUUCCCCGUCCUGUUCAUUCUGCACGUCGUCCUGCUCCUCUUUUACCACGUUUUCAUAGCCCAGCCUUGGUUCGUGUCCCUAUUCUUCGGCAACACCCUCUACUUGCUGGCGGUGGGAUACUACAUCUACAUCACUUUCCUCGGCUACAACUGUCUGCCAAUUCUGCAGGGCACGAAAGCGCUGCUGUACCCGUUGACUGGCUUGAUAUUCUUCUACGUGUGUUCUCUGGCACUGACCAUGAAUGUCAGCACCGCAGUGAUGAACUUUUACCACUACCGGGUGCUCUAAUUGCCACUACACAUGAAGUGACUGUGAAAAUAGCAAUACGGCAGAGAAGACUGGCGUGCAGCAGUGCAGUGAUUUAGUGACAACGGAAAUUGCACUUUCAUUCAAUUCAUAUGUUAUACUGUGUUAACUUGUGCUUACAAUUUGAAAGAGACGCGCUUUAAUUAAAAUUUUGAGUAUUAACUGAGAUAA